AUGCGUUUUGCUCCUCUCCUCACCUGUCUGGCGACAGCAUCGCUUGCUGCCCCAACGAACUUCCUCAACGAUGCAUACAAAUGGACCAAUGACAUGGCCGAGUUCUAUGGAAAAGUGAGCCAGUACAUCAAUACCGCAAAGAAAGACAUCAGAGUACCGACGGCGUGCGAUGUCUCCAAGAUUGCCCUGCCUGCUUAUGCCUCGGGCAUGACCAGCCCGUCAGGCCUCAAGCCGCGAUACGUCGCACUGGGAAGGGGUACCCAGAACUAUACAUGCGCCGACUCAACAUCCAAGUCUACACCCGCAGCCGUAGGAGCUGUCGCACGACUCUACGAUGCAUCAUGCAUCGCAGCCAACUACCCCGACCUACUGGAAAGACUUCCAAAACUUGCCUACCCAAUUGCCCUACCGACCAACGAAAAUGCGGCAUUCCCUCCUGCCAACAUUGAACUGUUGGGUCAUCAUUUCUUCUACGAUGCAACCACCCCCGAGUUCAACUUGAACCUCUCACCCCACAAGCAGGAUGGCAUUGUCAUGACUAAGAAGGUAUCAGCAAUUGAUGCUCCCUCGGGCUCACUGUCGGGGCAGUAUGGUGCUGUCCCUUGGCUCUACCUCACCGCUAGCGAGGGCACGGUUGGCAACUACAAGAGUGUCUACCGAGUCGACACUGCGGCUGGGUCUCCACCAAAGACUUGCAAGGGCAUGCCAGCUGCGUUCCAAAUGCAGUAUGCUGCGAACUACUACUUCUUUGGGGAAUAG